AUGUCGAGUGAUGAUAACAAUAAAUCUAGUGAACCCAAGAAUGAGCCCAAGAAUUGUGAUCCCAGAUGUGAACAAAAAUGUGAAGCCAAAUGCCAGCCCAGCUGUUUAAAGAAGCUGCUGCAAAGGUGCUCUGAAAAGUACCCACGAGAAAAGUGCCCGGCACCACCAAAGUGCCCACCGUGCCCCCCACCAUGCCCUUCUCCAUGCCCGACUUCCUGCCCCCCCAAGCCCUGUGCCAAGCCCUGUCCUCCUAAAUGCCCAUCUCCCUGCCCACCCCCAGAGUGA